AUGGUUAUGGCCCCUUCUGCUAUCGAUAUUGAAUACAAAGAAACGAUAAUUUUGAAUGAUAGUAAAAUCGAUCUUAUCGAUAACAAUCAUGGCUUCGACUCCGAUGUGACUGGCUUUGCCUCAAAGGCCCUUAUUCAAAAGGUCCUCAAGGAACAAGUUGCCCGCAUUAACACUGAUACGUGUGAACCGGGUGAGGAAGAUGCGUUCUAUGUCGCUGAUCUAGGCGAGGUUUACCGUCAGCAUCUCCGAUGGAAGAUGAAUCUGGGCAGAGUCAAGCCCUUUUACGCGGUCAAAUGCAACCCCGACAAAGAAGUUCUCAGUCUCCUGUCAAAGUUGGGAACUGGUUUCGAUUGUGCGUCCAGAGCCGAAAUUGACAUGGUUCUGGAGCUAGGCGUAUGCCCAAGUCGCAUCAUCUAUGCUCAACCAUGCAAGACCAAGUCUUAUCUUCGCCACGCAAAGAAGGUUGGAGUGACUCACAUGACAUUCGACAACACGGAUGAGUUGCACAAAAUCAAAGCUUGCUUCCCGGACGCAGAACUGGUGCUCCGCAUCCUGACGGAGGAUUCCACCAGUUUGUGUCGUCUGAGCUCCAAGUAUGGCGCAAGUUUGGAUGAAGCCAAAGUCCUGCUCUCUUUGGCUAAAGAGCUGGAACUCAACAUUGUCGGUGUGAGCUUCCAUAUUGGAUCUGGAGCGAGCGAUCCGGACUCCUUUGGGAAAGCCGUCAAAGAUGCGCGACAUGUCUUCGACCGGGCUGCUGAAUUCGGCUACGAUCUCAAAUUACUCGACGUAGGUGGCGGAUUCGUGGAUGACACGUUCGAAAUGUUCGCUGCCAAUUUAAACGACGCCAUCGACGAGCACAUUCCUUCCCACGUUCGAAUCAUUGGGGAGCCCGGUCGCUAUUACGCAUCCAAUGCCUUCACUCUUGCUACCAAUGUCAUUGCGAGGCGCGAAGUGGCCGCAGAGAUCCCAGGUGACAAGGCCUACAUGCUGUACUUGAACGAUGGUGUCUACGGCAAUUUCUCCAAUAUCAUCUUCGAUCAUCAGCGUCCGGUUCCACAGAUUCUCUCAGCCGGAUCCGACAGUGACAAACUCGUCGAGUAUUCGAUUUGGGGUCCGACAUGCGACGGAAUUGACGUCAUCGCCGAUCGGCAUUUCUUGCCCGGCACUCUCGGUGUCGGUGACUGGCUCUACUUUGACAACAUGGGGGCGUAUACCAAAUGUUCGGCUACCAGGUUCAACGGCUUUCGUGACGAUCAUGAGAUCAUCUACAUCUCCAGCGAGCCUGGCGCGUCAGCCUUGUUGGGCUAUUGA